AUGAUCAGCAUUGACAUGCGCUGGAGAUGCGUUGUCCUCGUUCAAGUAUACGGAAUCGAAACCGAAUGCCUGCGCCUCCUCCUUGGCAUAUCCGAGCGUAGUGUAACCAGGUUCAACAAGAUGUUUUCGAGAACUGGUCAUGUCUGCAACACCAAAAGGCGGGUCCGGCAGAAGAAAUGGCCGCCGGAAGUGAACUCAUGGGUCAGCGAGUACGCCAUCGCGCAUCCCUGCUUCUACAUAGAGGAGCUCGAAGAGGCGCUGCGACUGCAGUUCCCGUCGCUCAACAACAUCUCAGCGUCUACGAUAUGUAGAGCGCUCAUGCAUGAUCUAGGUUUAACGCGAAAAGUCCUAGAGAAGCGUGCCCGCGAGGGUGCUGAGUUUGAACUUCGGGACUACUAUCGGCGAUUAAGCCCGUACUACUUGUACCCUGAUCAACUGGUCUUUGUCGAUGAGACAUCGAAGGACGGCCGGGACUCAAUCCGCAAGACUUCCACCGAGAGAAAAAUGUCCACAGGGGAGCUGGCCAUCGUGCCAAGGCGCAUACGCACCCUGCGCGUGCUGGGCGAGCAUGCUGUCAAUGUGGCCAAGCUGGUCCAUUGUUGCAUUCGUCGGGAUUUCGACGGGGGCAGUCACGGGCAAACAGGCAGCAACGACCCCCGUAUAAUCCGUUUGGAGCUGACCAAGCACGAUGUUUUGGUCGCGAAUAUAAUCCGCAACUCUGAGCGCUGA